AUGGCACGAGCUCAAUUUGCAGCAGUACAGAGAUCAUUACGGGGGACUAGCAACCUAGGGAAGUUUGCAGUAGCACAGUGUCAAGACGCGUUUGGGGCCGGGGUAUACUUUCAUCCUUUCGUUACAGUGAAUGGAACUCUUAUCAAGUACGGUGUUACCAACAUAGAUACUAUCUGCCGAGACCUAUUGACCUGGGACACCCUCUAUAUUGCUGGGCGGCUGCAGAAGCCUACAAGAACUAUCUGGAAUAACUCACGCGUGCAAGAGGCUAACCAAGCCAAUCUACUGUCUGCAAUUAAUGUUGCACUUUUACUGCUUCCAGAGACAUUCACCGAGCAAGAGCUUUAUACAACGAUAGCAGGUAUAUCAUACCUGGGCGACCCGCGGAUGUCAGUAGGAGGUGACAAUCCACGGAAGGUUCAGAACAUGAUAGAGCACCAGUUGGAUGACUUUCGGAAGCUUUAUAACCCUUUGCUGAAGGCAAUGAGCAACAUAUCGACUAUCAGCUGCCAAUCGGCUAUCACAAAUCUUGCUGGGAGCAGUAAGCUUCAGCAAAAUUUGGAUCCCACCGUUCGUGGACGUUUGGUCCGGAAUCUCCCCAGCGCUUUUCGUGCAAAGGUCUAUUCACAGUUUGAGAGAAGACUGGGGAUUUCACUAGGAAUCAACCGCCCUAUUCCACACGAAGCUGACGACGAGGGCAACGAGGAAUCAGGGCAGGGACUUCCUGGCUCCUUCGAGGUACGACUAGCCCAGGAUAACGGCCUUCGACAAGAGAUUAAACGCGCAAUUCAGAAGACAGUAAGGUGGCCGAGCUUCGCCCAAAGCAUAAAAAGCGCCAUUACCGCAGGCUUCAAUAGGAGUUGGAGAUAUGCUAUCGAGAAAAGACAGAAGGCGGCCUCCGGAAGACGUUAG